AUGUCGGAUAAAGAUCGUUAUAAUGUCUUUCCAUCACGAAUGGCUCAGACAAUCAUGAAAGCUCGUUUGAAAGGUGCUCAAACAGGUCAUAACUUAUUAAAAAAGAAAGCAGAUGCAUUAGCGAUUCGUUUUCGUUCAAUAUUAAAGAAAAUUAUUGACACCAAAUUAUUAAUGGGUGAUGUUAUGAAAAUCGCUGCCUUUUCGUUAGCUGAAGCUAAAUUUUCAAUGAGUGGAGAUUUUACGCAAGUUGUUAUUCAAAGUGUUAGUAAAGCACAAAUUAAAAUCCGUUCGAAACGAGAUAAUGUUGCCGGUGUAAUUUUACCUUCAUUUGAAUCAUUCAAUGAUGGAGGAGAUACCUUUGAAUUAACUGGAUUGGGUCGAGGUGGUAUGCAAUUACAAAAAUUGAAACGCAAUUAUGCUGACGCAAUAAAAAUCCUAAUCGAACUAGCUACACUUCAAACAUCAUUCCUUAUACUUGAUGAUGUUAUUAAAGUAACUAAUCGACGUGUAAAUGCUAUUGAACAUGUUAUUAUACCAAAAAUAAGUCGAACAAUAACUUAUAUCGUAUCAGAAUUGGAUGAAAUGGAGCGUGAAGAGUUUUAUCGUCUUAAAAAAGUGCAAGAAAAGAAAAAACAAAUCCGAGCGCUUCAAGAAAAGAAUCGAGCUGCAUUGAUUGAACAAGGUCUUCUAACUGGAAACGAAGAUGAACGAAAUCUUUUAGAUCAAGAGCCUGAAGAUGUUCUUUUUCUUUAG